AAUAUCUUUUGUUCAUUUUUUAUUAGAUCAUCCGGAAAUUCCAAGUAGAAUAGGCAAAAUUAACAAUGUGGAAAAAUUUGAUGCGGAUUUCUUCGGAUUAUCUUUCGAACAAGCACAUACACUCAUUCCUGAAGCGAGAAUGUUAUUGGAACAUUCUUAUGAAGCAAUUAUCGAUGCGGGAAUCAAUCCGAAACAAUUGCAAGGAAAAGAUACUGCUGUGGUCAUAGGGGCAGCUUAUACUGAAUCACAAAAAAAGUUUUUAUAUGAGACUGCUCAGAUAGGAGGUCACUCUAUUAUUGGAAGUAGCAAAACUACAUUAGCAAAUAUGAUUUCAUACAAUUUCAAUCUGAAAGGUCCAUCAUAUACCAUUGAUACAGCAUGCAGUUCUAGCCUUUCUGCCAUGGCCGUUGGUUAUGAUCUUAUCAUGUCCGGCAUAUGCGAAGACGCAAUAAUUGGAACUGUAAACUUAUGUUUUCUUCCCGUUGGAACUCUACAUUUUUUCCGGCUUGGUGUUUUGUCACCCAGCGGUCAUUGCAGACCUUUUGAUAUCGGUGCAAGUGGUUAUUCGCGUAGCGAAACAGCGUCAGUGAUAUAUCUUCAAAAAGUGAAGAAUGCGAAAAGAAUUUAUGCCAUAUGUACACACAUUAAAUUAAACAGUGACGGUUACAAAGAAGAAGGAAUAACAUACCCAUCGUCGUUUAUGCAAAGUACUUUACUAACAGAAUUGUACAAUGAAUGUGGAAUACCGACAUCUUGCUUGGAUUACGUUGAAGCACAUGGUACCGCUACCAAAGCUGGCGAUCCCCCAGAAGUUAAUGCAAUUUCUAAUAUAUUGUGUAAGAAUAGAGAAACUCCAUUAAUGAUCGGUUCUGUAAAAUCCAAUCUUGGUCAUGCUGAACCUGCUAGCGGUUUCACUCAAAUCGCUAAGGUAAAACAACUGCUAUUUUUAUUUAUUAUUAUAAAAUUUGUUUUCAUUUUACGCAACCACAUAUGUACAUACGCGUAA